UCGACCAGCGGCGUCAGUCCGUUGCCGGCGCUUGUGUCGACGAGUCGGCCGCGUAUUCCACACCUAGUUCAAAACACGCGAGAAAACAACAAACACCGCGCGUGAUAACAGACUAAAACACGAUAUAAAACUCGUUUGACCAGUGCUACAAAACGUACAAAACGAACAAAACUCUUGCUAAUUUCAUAUUCAACACAAACCGAAUUAAUAAAAUUUGUAUUUUAAUUAAAUAUGUGUUGCGAUAUCACGUGUUACAAGGACAUAACACAACCCCUACGAAGGCGCUGUUUCUAAAUCCAGUUUGGUAUUGAAUCAAAAUCAAUAAGGCAUUUUGGGCGAGCUGUGUGACAAGAUAAACUCCGAUAAGGAAGGCGACGCUUCGCACCCUCCUCAUUCAAUAGAAAUUUAAUUCAACAAUAAAAGUUCCAUGCGGGUGCGACGCGCUUGGCAUGGGGGGUGAGUUGACCCGACCCAUGUGGGUGUUGAUCCUCCUCCUGGCGGCAGCUGGGGCACGUGCAAUUUGCCCAUCAAGCUGCCGCUGCAACGAAGACUCCCUGCGGGUCUCCUGCGCUGUGGGCUCACUUGCAGUUGUACCCAUUCAACUAAACCCUGAAGUGCGGCAUAUAGACCUCUCCGAGAACAAGAUCACCAGUGUCCAUUUCACGCUGGGUUUCUACGAUAAACUUCUAACUCUAGAUCUUUCCACCAACAACAUCAAAUCGUUGGGAUCUGGUAGUUUUGAAGCGCAGCGUAAUAUGAAACACCUUAAUCUAAGUCACAACCAAGUUGAAACCCUCUCCAAAGACUCCUUUAAAGGCCUGCGUGCACUCUCAGUGUUGGAUCUUAGUUUUAACCAACUUGAAGAGAUCACAGAACAUACCUUUAGGGAUCUACACUCGAUUGAAGUGUUGAAGCUUACUGGUAACCAGCUGGUGUUCAUGGAGAAUGGCCUAUUGAAACCCGCGACCAUGUUGCGGGAACUGUACUUAGAAGAUAACGCGUUUCUGGAUAUAGCCAGCACGGCAAUCAGCGACGCGUACAAUCUUCAAAGAUUAUCUCUAUCUGGGAAUCUAAUUGGAGGUGUGAAUGAGGGGGAUAUGCCUAUGCUACCUGAUUUACAAGUGCUGCGAUUGGAUGGUAAUGUGAUCGCGAAUGUGCAUCCCGCGGCAUUGUCCGGUCUCGUAGCACUCGAGUAUCUAGAUCUAAGUAAUAACAACUUCACCAGUGUGCCCACUGUUUCACUGGCGAAGCUUUCGAAUCUCACGCGGCUACGAUUCAGCGGGAACUUUAUCAGCACCGUCCCACCCGUUGCAUUCCGCGGGUUAUUCCAACUACGCUUCCUUUCCCUGGAUAGACUUGAUUUCCUCACGAGUAUUGACUCUCGGGCAUUCGUGGAUAACAUCAAUUUGGAAGUGAUUCAUAUGGAUGACAAUAUUGCUAUCACCAGUUUACCACAUCGGUUGUUCUAUGGUAACCCACGGAUCUCACAGAUUUCCGUUCGGAAUAAUCAGAUAGCAACUUUGGACGCCAGCCAUUUUCCAUUGGAUCAACUCACGAGGUUGUCAGUUGGUGGUAAUCCACUCCAGUGUAAUUGCUCGUUAUUAUGGUUGUGGCGUUUGACCCACGAUCAAAAAUCACACCCUGGGAAUUAUAGUAAGUCCAAUAGUGAAUUCCUCAUUGAUGUAGAGGAUGUGGUAUGUGCUGGACCUGAACCACUUGCGGGUAGUCUACUAGCUGACACUACCGAAUCCCAAGUGGGGUGUUCCCUGGGAUGGAUAGCGGUUGGUGGUGGGAUUGCAUUCACGUGUCUUCUCCUCACCGCUGUAUUCCUGCUGGUGUAUUGUGGGCCGAAACGCAAGCGACUAAAGAAUAAGGACCUACCACCAAUUGAACCCAUCUCCUGCCCCAAUGGCCAAGUACUGGCACAUCCGUACGAGUACCACACGUAUGAAGACCCACGCUCGGAUAAGUUCAUCAUUGGACCUCCAGUUAUCCACGAGUAUCGCGCGUUGCCCACGUGGGACCCGUGCGUGAAACAGUGCGACGACGUGUACAGACAGUUUGAUAAUGGCGUCAAGGCGCGUCCGCACAUUGUCUACGUCUGUAUGUUUGGUUGCCUAUACUGUGUGUAUGCAACGAUGUGCAGUGUCAUUUGCGAUGCGGUUAAAUAUUGUGUUUUCAUUGGGAAAAAACAUCGAAAUGAAAACCGCCUGCUCAUGAUGCUGCUGCUGGUUGGGUCAGCGGUCGGGUUUAAUGGUGACCUCACCGAAUUGCAAUGUCCGGAGGAUUGCGACUGUCACUUCUUUCGAGUGAAUUGGGUGACGGACUGUUCCGAGAGUAAUCUCACCGAAAUUCCUUACGAGGAGAUAGAUCCGAAUGUCUAUAUCUUGGACCUGAAUGGUAAUGACAUUGCUGACGUGGAGGCCUUCCCGCCGGACGUCAAGCUGCGCCGGCUGCAAUUAGCCGACAAUCGGCUCGCCGAGGUGCGCCAGGAUUCGUUCGCCGAGCUGCAUUACAUCAUCGACGCCGACUUCGCCAACAAUCGUAUACGACGCGUCGAUCCGUUCACAUUCGAGAAUAAGGCGGGUUUCUUAACGCUAGAGCUGCAGGAUAAUCCAUUGGAUCGCGUCGAAGGGCCGUUCCUCUACAGCAACACUCUGCUCUACCUCGACAUUAGCAAUUGCAACCUGACCCACUUGAAUGAGCACUUUUUCGCGAACAUCUCCUCGUUGAAUACUCUAGACCUAUCUAAUAAUCCUCUCGUAUCUCUUGUGGGGAGCGCAUUCCAACCGUUAAAAACCUUAGGUACUUUGAAAUUGAACCAUUGCAAUCUGACCUUUAUUGGUGAAGACGUCUUCGCCAUGCAGAGCAAUCUGAAAUCCCUGGAGUUAUCGGGUAAUAAAUUCCAAAACGUUCAAUGGCCAGGUGUGUUCAAUCCUUUGCUCCGCUUGGAAUAUAUUGAUCUACGAAAUUCGGGACUGACUGCUCGUGAUGUUCCAGCUACCACUUUCGCGGAGACAGUUUAUCUCCGGACUUUGAUCCUUGCUGAAAAUGAUUUGGGAGGUGAUUUUGACGUGGCUGCCACUAUCGGCGAGAAACUUGUUCAUUUAGAGAUUCUGGACCUUUCUCAUUGUCAUCUUAGUGAACCACUUUCAGAAGACGCUUUUGCCAACGCAACCAAAUUAAAAACUCUUUAUUUAUCUGGUAAUACCUUACUUGCUUCUGAUCUGCUUCUUGCACUUGCCCCUUUGAUCAAACUCCAGAAGCUGACCUUAAGUCAUUCUGGUUUGAGUAAACUUCCGGAUACCCUGCACAAGUUCAUGAGUCUCAUUGAAUUGGACAUUUCCAACAAUCCCCUGGACGAUGUCUUUGUUAAACUCCUAGCUCCCCUGAGGACGUUGGAGUAUUUAAAUAUGGGAUACAGUAAUCUGUCCUACAUUGCCCCGGAUACUUUCUCUAAGAUGACCUCGAUGAAACGGUUGGUCCUUUCCGGGAACGAUCUGAACUCGUUGGAAGCGGGGCUUUUUGCAAAUCUCACGCAUCUGGAGAGCUUGGAGUUGAACUCGUGUGGACUUCGACGACCCCUCAACGCCACGGUGUUCUUUAAUCACCUCACCUACACGGACCUCACCGAGCUGCAAUUAGCCGGCAAUCCGUUGCGAGUCUCCCCAAGCGGCGCCCUCCUCCCUAGGCAAUUGUCCCGCCUUGAAAUUCUGGACCUCUCUAAUUGCAACCUCACUUUCCUACCAAAUGAAGCGUUCCGCACGACGACCAAAAUCACACAUCUUAUCCUAACCGGAAAUCUAUUUUCCACCGCGGCUGAUCUUCGCUUUUUGACGCUGCUGCCCCGCCUGAAUACUAUCGAUCUGCGAUACAAUAAACUCACAUCGCUAACGCCGCAGGAUAUCGAUGCAAAUGUGGAGUUGGAGAAAGUGAAACUGAUUGGGAAUCCGUGGAGGUGCGAUUGUUGGGUGUCUGAGUUCUGGAACUGGGUUCUCGAGAAGAAGGGUAAUUUGCAAAUGCUUGAGGGGGCUAUUCUAGAGGAUGGGGACAUUACCGUAGGGAAGACUAAACGCAAACGCCUACUCAUCUGCCAUGUGGAUGCAAAGACCUCGACGAAGAAGCCAAGAAUUGGCCAAGCUACAAAUCGCACUUGGGCAAAAUACGUCCGAGAAUCUGGAUGCACCCAAGUAAAUUUAAAGAAACCCAAUCAGCGUCUGAAACGCGAAAUCACCAUCGAAGAAAAACUUCAAUCACAAGCAAACCACAGCCCAAACACCUGGGGACAUAACCUCAUAUACGUUACCAUAUUCUACAUAAUUUUAUUAUGCGUAGUUUAUUUACUUUACAUAGUGUUAAGACGUCGUAACACAGACAAUCAGAAAAUCCAGUAGUUUUAGUUUCGACACCACAAAAGACUGCUUUUAUUAUAUCAAUUACAUAGUUUAGAUUCCUCUUUUUUUCUCUCUGAGGUUUGUACAAGGACCCAGCGUGUUUUAUUUUCUAAUAAAAAUGAAUGAAUCAAAA